AUGUCUUAUAGGCAACCCCUCAAAAGCUUUCUAGCUGCCGCCCGAUCAGCCUUGACAGCCCCCCCAGCUCAGAGGUCAGGGCCUCUCACCUUCGUCAUUGGGAAUGAAUCCGCAGAUCUCGAUUCGCUCUGCUCAGCCGUAGUGCUGGCAUAUCUUCGCUCCAACUCACCGCCUCAUGCCCUACACAUCCCUCUCUCAAACAUCCCCAGGUCUGACCUCAUCCUGCGAACAGAGAUGACGGCCGUCUUAGAGCGCUCAGGACUAUCUCCCGCCGACAUACUUACGCUGUCUGAGCUACCCGAUCUCAAACCCGAAGACACGCGGUGGUUUCUCGUGGAUCAUAACGCCUUGACGGGUAAGCUGCAGAAAUUUCAGCCUCAGGUCAUAGGUUGCAUCGACCACCACGUCGAUGAAAAUGUGACCAGCCCCGAUGUCAAGCCACGCCUCAUCGAGCCUUGCGGGAGCUGCAUGAGCCUCAUCAUUGACGAGUCCCGCGCGGCGUGGGAUGCAUUCCCCUCUUUAGAAACGGAAGACGCCACCGUCGCUGAGGACGACAACCUCGCAAAGCUCGCACUUGCGCCUAUACUCAUCGACACCCUCGAUCUGAAGGAGGAGCACAAAGUAAAGCCCAAGGACGUCAGCGCUGUACAGUACCUUCAUACGAAAAUCCGGUCUAAUCAAUUUAUCCAAACCCAGUUAUUUGAGGAAAUCACUGCGGUAAAGGAGGAUAUCUCACUGCUCAGCUUCUACGACAUUUUCCGUAAAGAUUACAAAGAGUGGGAAGAAUCAGGCCUCAAGCUAGGCAUUAGCUGCGUCGUCCAAGAUUUCGACUACUUGCUCGAAAAAGCUGAGAAUCCCAGCGUCUUCGUCGACGAGCUUGCUGCGUGGGCCAAGGAAAGGAAGCUCGACGUGGCAAGCGUCAUGACCACGGCGAAUCCAGGCGGGGAAUUCCAACGUCAUCUUCUAGUCUGGGGAAUGACGGACAGAGGAGUGGCGGCCGCGAAUAACUUUCCAGGCAUUGCCGAGGGAUUACAGCUAGAGCAGUGGAAAGACGGACUGCUAGAUAGUGAUGAUGGCAAGAGAAAGGCGUGGAGACAGCGAGACUUGUCGGCAAGCAGGAAGCAGGUUGCACCAUUGCUUCGUGAUGCAUUGAAGAGCGUUGACCAAUCGUCUCAGUCACAGCUAUAG